UAUUUGGUUACAAUAUAUUAUAACCUGGCAAAGUGUUAAAACCGAUAAACUGUUAAGAUAGAUUUUAACUGAUUUUAUCCAUAGCAAAUUAAUUGAGGGAUACAAACACAACAGUUCACAGAAAACAUGGCGUCCACUGCAAGAUCUCAGAAAAGUAAGAAAUCUAUGUUAUCAGUUGAAGUUGAGUUCCCUUGUGGACCAUGUAAGGCAGACAACAAGAAUCUUGAAGCAUUUGGUUUUUGCCAGUUCUGUAAACACUACCUCUGCAAAUCUUGUUAUAGCUAUCACUCAAAUCUUGGAAAAAUUCACAUCUUACUUGACCGGGAAACCAUGCCUAGAGAAGCACCCACUCCGGUUUUAACCUCUGACCCGUUGGUUGAAACAUGUAAACAACAUAAACACAAGACAAUAGAAUUAUACUGCAAGAACCAUGAUGAAGUUUGUUGUGUUAUAUGCGCAACAAGCAAGCACAAGCCAUGUGAGUGUUUCUACAUUCCAGAAUACACGGAACAAUUAACACAAUCACCGGCUGAAGACUGCUCCCUCAUUCUUAAACUUAUCAAGGCUCUGAUUGGACAGUUUGAAAAUGUACGAUCAGAGUCAGCCACACGCCUAAAAGAUCUGGAUCGCCAAAAGCGUGAAUUUAGCAUGGCCGUCAGAAAGUACAGGAAAGAGAUAGACUUUGCUCUAGAACAACUCGAGAAACAGGUCAUUAGUGGGAUGAAACAAGUUGUCGAUAUAAAUACCAAAGAAAUAAAUGAUAACAUCACAAAAUGUGACGAGGCACUUAAAGCUUUGAACGAAACAGUAACCGAUGCUGAAAUGGCAGUGGAAUCAAGUGGAACCAACAGGGUGUUUACACUUUCUAAAAUUAGCAACAAAUUACUACAAGAAAAUAAUGUAGUUCUGAAAUCAGUGCGUUCUGGUAGUGUAAAUUAUGAGAUAAAAUUUGAAGAAAAUACCGAAAUUCUGAAAAACAUUCGUAAAACCAAACAAUUCGGCAAAGUUUCAGUUAAGAAGGAACAAGUAAGAUUUGAAGAUGAACAGUUAGAGAAAGGUACAGAAAAUGAUAAUAAACGUAAAAGUCCAAAAAGUGCCAAAAGUGCCGAUAGUUCUUAGCAUGUAUAGAAAUUAUUCAUUGUUGAAUCAAUGUUUUGAGCAAGUAUUCUUCAUAAAACAAAAACACACAUCCUCAUUAGUACGAGUGUUUUAGGCUAUUUGUGAAAUAUAUUUGUGAUGCAUGCGAGACUGUUUUAGUUCACUACACUAUAUUCUAUUGCAAACAAGUUAAUAAGUUUACACAUACUGAACAAUCUUAUAAGGUUAUAAUUAUGUUAUUUCACUCUUUUGCCAAUGUACAUGUUUCAAAAGAUAUAUUAUAUAAAUUUAUUUGCACCGAUUUUAUUGCCACAUGGUCUAUUGUUAUUUGAGAAAACUGCAUCUGCCAGUAUACUUAAUAUCAAAACGGUAUUCAUUUAUUUUGCAAAAUUUUGAUAUAAUGCACAAAGACCAAACAAUUUCAUCGAAUAAUAAUAAUUCAUUAAAUUUAUAUCAACUUUAUACAUAUAUAUGUAUACUCUUUUAACAUGAUUCCUGGUCUCAAAAACUUUUGUAUAUACAAGAACUGUCUAAGAAUCAUUCUAUUCAUGAAAUGUUAAACAAUACCUUAAAAACAUGCAUGCAAAAUCUAUAAUAAAAACUUGAGCAAUUUUUAAACAGUGGAUUGUUAUUUUAAGUACACUUUAGUUGAAAUGUCAAAAAGUUUAA